AUGGCCACAAACACAAACGAAGCCUUUGCCAUUCUCAAGGACGCGGUCACCUUUGAGUUUGCCGAAGAUGCGUACCUAAAAGAAAUCGCCAAACUCAUGACCAAGGAAGAAUGCGACGACGGGCACGUCUUUGCCAAAGAAGGCGAAGUGUCUGCCAAAUGGUUCAUACUUGACGAAGGCACUGUGCUUCGGUACAAGGGACCUGUGGACGACAAUCAUAUUUUGGACAAACUGGAAGGCAGAGGUCGUGUCACGGCGCUCUUUCACAGUUUGAAGGAAGAGCAUGUAUCUUAUUCUACCGUGGUGGCUAGUGGCCACGUAAAGCUAUGGUCAGUGGAUGCAAAAGCUUACCGUGACCUCUUGGCCUCACAUGGUGGGUUUGCCUUGCAAUUGGCGGCUCAUUUGGCGCGAUUGCUUCGUCAUGAAUCCAAAGUCUCGAGGGCAUUGGCACAAGCACGAGGAAGCUCGCCCGACGAUGAUAAAGGAGACAGCAAAACUUUGCGGGUUCUAUGUUAUGAUACUACCGAAUGGGUCCGAAGUGGCUUUGGGCCAGCCUUGAUGGAAUUCAAUAAGGGUCUUGAGAAUCUCCAAAUCGUGAUGGAGUAUACUGAAGACCGACUCAAUGCCAGAAGCGCAGCAUAUGCCACUGGAUAUGACGCAGUUUGUACCUUUGUCAAUGACACUGCCGAUUCAGAUGUCAUUCGUAUGCUCAGCAUGCUGGGAGUCAAGAUGAUUGCCCAACGAGCCGCUGGUUUUGACCGCAUUGACACCAAAGCGGCGUUGACCUUUGGUUUGACCGUGGCUCGAGUGCCAGCCUAUUCUCCUUAUGCCGUUGCCGAACAUGCCAUGUCGUUGCUCAUGACCUUGAACCGAAAGAUCACUCGUGCCAGUAGUCGAGUGCACAUGUCCAACUUUACUUUGGACUCUGGGCUAAUGGGCAUGGACAUUCACGGCAAGACGGUUGGAGUAAUGGGAACGGGCAAAAUUGGUGGGAUUCUGUGUAAUAUUAUCAAAGGAUUUGGAGCCAAUCUAAUUUGCUUUGACGUCUUUGAAAACGACGAGGUCAAACAAAUUGGUGGCAAAUACGUGACCAAGGAUGAAUUGUAUGAACAAUCCGAUGUCAUUUUUCUCAUGAUGCCAUUGCUACCUUCCACCCACCACACUCUCAAUAUGGAUACGCUGCCCAAACUCAAACAAGGUGUCUUGUUGGUGAAUACCUCUCGCGGUGGCUUAGUCCAUACCGGGGCAUUGUUGGAAGGCCUCAAGACUGGACGUAUUGGUGGUGUCGGUAUGGAUGUUUAUGAGAACGAAGCGGACUACUUUUUCCAAGACUGGUCCGCCAAGCAAAUUGAAGACCCACAAUUGGUAUCCUUGCUGGGAAACAACAAUGUCAUCAUGACGGCUCAUCAAGCCUUUUUCACAAAAGAAGCUGUGGACAAGAUUGUGUCAACUACUUUGGAGAACCUCCGAGAUUAUGCAAAGGGAAUGACCGGAUUGGAACAUCCCAACAGCUGCCUUCCCAAGCCCAAAGAAUAA